AUGCACACCGGCACGGCGUCAUCGCGGGCCCUGUGCCUGGUCCUGGUGGCCUUGACGUGCGCACCGUUAACGGCCUGGAAGCUGCCAUUCUUUAACUACAACCAAGAAACCGAGAUCUCGCUUCACCCCUUAUCACCUCGCGUCGACGACAACGUGCGACACAAACGACAAGCAUAUCAGCUCAGUGUGAACGGUGACGACUAUGUUACAGUAGACCAGUACGGCGGUGGUCAACCAGAAUCCGGCGCCUGGGGGCAAUGGACUCGCGAAGGCGAGUGCUCCAGAACCUGUGGCGGUGGAGUUCAGACCGAGAAGAGGCAAUGCAAGUAAGUGGUUUAGGUUUGAUAGACUAGUUUCAAUGUUAUCACUUGAAAACCUUAAUUGGUCAAAAAGCGUAUAGAAAAAAAGUUGAAACAACACCACUAUUACCUAAAAGAAAAUUCUCCAAAGACUUUACCUAUAUUAUUCCAAUCUGAUCAACAACAUAUACCUAAAUUUCCAAAAAAACUUAUUUAUGCCAAUUUCAGCGGAGACUGUACUGGACCUUCAGUACGAUACCAAUCCUGUAACCUCGACUCAUGCCCAGAAGACUCUCAAGACUUCAGGGAAGAACAAUGUGCCCAGCACAACGACGAUGUUCUUGAUGGCAAAUACUUCAGUGUAAGUUUUACCUUCUUUAUAUGUUAUCAUACCUCUUUGAAGUUAACACAACUCUUUUAAAGCUUGAUAUUAACUUUUUGAAAAUUUAGUCAUCGUUCUCUUAUGUUUCACAAAUCUUAAAAGUAGUAUUUUAGUAUGAUUGUUAUUGUUUAUUCCAUGUUAUGGCUGUUUUUAGACAUUCAGACAUGUAUAAUGUCGCUUUAGAUGAAUCUCUUUUGAUUUUUGUUUAUUUUGCCGUUGUUUUCUCUUUAUGUGACAAUUAAUACGUCAAAUUCACUUGUUCUUGAGCUAAUAUAAACGUGAAAAUACAGUCAAACAAGCAGCACAAUAUACCUCAGAAAAUUACGUCUGUUUUAUAUUAUCCAUCACUGUAUAGACAAAAUAAGUUUUAAAAGUGAAAAAAGCUAAAUUGCUGUCUAAUAACAACAACAUAUUUUAGUGGGUUCCAUUCAAAGGCUCAAACAAAUGUGAACUUACCUGUAAACCACUGAACGAGUCCUUCUACUACAAAUGGGGCGACAAAGUGGUCGAUGGUACCAAAUGUGACCAAACAUCAGACGACAUUUGUGUUGACGGCAUUUGUUUGCCUUUGGGUUGUGAUGGUAAACUCGGAUCACGUAAGAAUUUUCUCUUUUUAACAGUUUAUCAAAGACUCCAAAUUUUAGAACAAAAAGUUGUUUGAGCCAAGUUCUUCUCUGGUUUCUAUUUUGUGUCAAGUGUUUUUUUUGACAAAUUUGGUCGAAUUUUUACUGAAGAAAGAAUAAAUUACAGUAUAAAGAAACUAGUAUAUAGUAUCUUUUGCAAUUAUAUAAACAAAAAGCUGAAUAUCUUAAUGUUGUAUCUAUUUUGAUAAGCUUUCACUCAAUAAACCUUUAUAUUUUUGUAGUUUCCAAAGUCGACAAGUGUGGUGUCUGUAACGGAACCGGAAACACCUGCAAGAGCCAAGAAGGCCUCGUCAAGGAGUCCACCCUCUCUUCCGGCUACAACAACAUCGUCGUGCUGCCGGUUGGCGCGACAGCCAUCAAAAUCGAGGAGACGCAGCAGACCAGCAACAGUCUUGGUAUGUUUUAUUUAUUUAUUGUUUAUGUGGGGAGUGUAAUCGAAUCCGAGUGUUCGGGAAAUAAACGCUGGGCAUCUGUUUCGAAUUAAUCGGGGCUUACGGGCCAGCGAUUUGCAACUUUAUAUCGUUUAUCUUUUUCGCACCCAGAAAAUGUGUCAGUGGGCGGAGUCGGCCCGGUUUUAGGCCACAUUAUGUGUGGGUUACUGUAACACAAGUGAUGGAUUAGAUGAAAUUGGGUUAGAGAAGGAGGUUUAAUCAAAGAAACAUGUAUAUAUUAUCUUAAUUUAAUUAUUAUGAUUAAUACCAAUAUUAACACAGGUAUCUGACAUGUGAAGGAAAAAAAAUUAAAAAUGUUUUAAGAACGACAAAAAAAAUGACAAUAAAAGUGACAUUUUAGCUAUUAGAAACGACUCUGGGCAUUACUUCUUGAACGGAAACAACAGAAUCACUCUCGGAGAUCAGGAAGUUGUAGCUGGAGGUACCGUCUUCAAAUACCAGAAGCCAAAGCUUGAAAGUGGUUCGGCCGAAACUCUGACGGCCAAAGGACCUCUGAAGGAAGAGAUCACCAUCCAGUUGCUAUACCAAGGCAGUUCUCAAGGUGGAUCAGUCAAGUACCACUUCUCGACUCCUCUUGAUGAAGAUAUUCCAUUUAUCUACAAACCUGGUGAAUGGUCUGCUUGUUCCGUGACCUGUGGUAAGGGUACGAAGACUCGUGAAGCCAUCUGUACUGACGCCAAGACCGGCCAGAAAGUAGAGGAAGGUCUGUGUGAAGAGAACAACUCUACCAAGCCAGAGACCGAGAAGUCUUGUGUUACGGUAGACUGUGAAGCCGAAUGGUUCGUCGGAGAAUGGGAAGAGUGUUCCCAAUCUUGUGGUGAACACGGCCUUCAAUACCGUGUCAUCUACUGUCACAAGGUCUUCGCCAAUGGCAAGAGAAUGACCGUGGACGAUGAGAACUGUACUUCUACUGAACGUCCAGCUGUCCGUCAGACUUGUAACCGCUUCUCGUGCCCAGAAUGGAACACUGGACCAUGGUCGGCUUGUUCCGAGAAGUGCGGUGAUGCCAAGCAAUACCGUUCUGUGACGUGCCGAAGCGAGAAGGAAGGAGAAGAAGGCAAGCUUCUGCCAGCCGAAUCCUGUCCGUCCGGAGUUGAGCACGAUACCGAACGCUACUGUAACUUGGGUCCAUGUGAAGGUCUUCACUUUGUCACAACUGAAUGGGAUCUCUGUGAACGUUGUACUGACACUGAAGAGACUAGGAACGUUACCUGCCAAGACCAAACUGGACGUCCUUAUCCUUUGGAGAAGUGUUUGAACGAGAAUUCAACCGAGAUUCCAACUGAUACUAGAGCUUGUGCUACCGCCAUUCCAUGUGUUCAUCAAUGGCAUGUGUCAGAAUGGUCCAAGUGUAGCACGGAAUGCGGUCACGGUCACAAGGAACGCAAGGUUCACUGUGCUUUGAACGAGUUGGGAACCAUCAACGUAGGUUUUUGGACGAAUUUUAAUUUUUUUUGGUUUUGAGUUGACAUUACAUUAACAUAAGACGAGAUAUAUACUGUAGUGUUACUAUAAUUAAAAACUUCAGUAUUUUCGAAGCACAAUUUAAACAUUUUUGGUAUACUUUCAGAUUGUUGACGAUGAAAAGUGCUCUUCCGAGAAGCCGAACGUAACCGAAGAAUGUGUUAAUGAAGCCAAGUGUACUGGUACCUGGUUCAGUGGUCCAUGGUCUAACUGUACUGCUGAAUGUGGUGGUGGACAACAAGAACGAUUUGCUGUUUGCUUAAACUACGACAGAAACCCAGUACCAGAAUGGUGCGACGAGUCUAACAAGCCAGCACUUGUUCAGAACUGUAACGAAGAUCCUUGUCCAAGUAAGGUUUUGGAAGUUUUUUAGGGUUUUGGCAGUGUUUUGCCGGACCGGUCCGCGGACGGGUCCGGUCCGGACCGGACGGACCGAAACAAAAUUUUUUGCGGACACGGACCGAAGAAAAAGCUCCAUACCGGUCCGGAAAAAAAUUUUUUAAUAUUUUAUUAAAACUGCUUUAAAAAUUGCAAAGAAAACAUAUUUUUAAGUGUUUUUAAACGUAGAAAAAGCAAUUUUAGCGAUCUUUGCUUUUUUUAAAAAUAAAAAAUAAUUUUUUUGCGGACAGGACCGGACCCAAAAAUUUGAAGGUUGGACCGGACCGGACCGGUGAAAAACGCUCCGGACCGGUCCGGGCAAAACACUGGGUUUUGGGACACUUUAGGGUUUUGAAAUUUAAAAAUAUUUUGAAAUUUAAGUUUUUGAAAAAGAUGUUGUUUUACAUUGCUUUUUAAGCUUGACAACAUGUAAACCUUGACUUUUCAGCCUGCUUCGACAGUGACUUUGGCUGUUGCCCAGACAAUGUCACUUUUGCUCAAGGUGACUGGUUCGAAGGCUGUUCCAACUGCUCUUUAUCUGAAUUUGGAUGCUGUGCCGAUAACGUGACCGAAGCCAUUGGCCCAGAUGCCAAGGGAUGCGACGAGUACGUGGAGCCGACUCCAGGAAGUGGUGAAGAGCCAGAAGCUGAAGCUACAUCUGAAACCGAGACCGAAGAUGUUGACAAGGAAUGCGAAGCCACGAACGAAGAAACCGGAGAGAUCGUCAAGAUUCUGUGUAGCGCUCUCAACGAAACUCUUGGACUUGAGAAUCUGCUGUUCGGAAACGAGACAGAAGACGUCAAUGUCACGAAACACUGCUCCAAGACUGAGUUCGGCUGUUGUCCUGACUGGUACACUGAAGCUGAAGGAAAGGACUUCUUGGGCUGUCCAGAAUUCGUGCUCGGAGCUUGUAACGAGACCAAGUACGGCUGUUGUAACGACAAUGUCACCUUGGCCAGAGGACCCAACUUUGAAGGCUGUGGCGAACCAGUCUGUGCCGCUUCCAGAUUCGGAUGCUGUAAGGACCGCAAGACUAUCGCCUUCGGCCCAAGCUACGCUGGCUGUGAACGGUCGACCUUUCCCUGCGAGAACGGUCCAUUCGGUUGUUGUCCAGAUGGUGAAACUGGUGCUUUGGACAGAAACGGUACCGGCUGUGGAGUGCAAUGUCUUCUGACCAAGUACGGUUGUUGCCCAGAUGGAGUCACCGUCUCAAAGGGCGUGAACAACGAAGGCUGUGGCUGUGAGUUCAGUCAAUAUGGUUGCUGUCCUGACGGUAAGGCUUCGGCCAAGGGAGCUGGUUACUAUGGCUGCCCCGAGAGCUGUGCCCAGUCUCAAUAUGGUUGUUGUCCUGAUGGUAAAACGGCCGCCAGAGGUCCGAGCAAGGAAGGAUGUCCAUGCCAGUACACCAAGUUCGGAUGUUGUCCAGAUGGCGAAACUACCGCUUUGGGUCCAGGAAAGGAAGGCUGUAACGACUGUCGCUACGCCAAGUACGGCUGCUGUUCUGAUGGCGAGUCUAAGGCUUUGGGACCUAAUGGAUCUGGCUGUCCUACUACGACCAAGCCGCCAUUCAUUGUUGCUGGCACUGUUUCUCCAGCUAAACUCAGUAAGUUUGUUACCUAAAUUAUCUAAAUUGGUACGUUUUGUACUUUAAUAGGUACAGAGUAUGAGGUUUUACCUAAAAUUAUACAAAUGAUCUGAAAAUCAAUAUACCAAUAUAAAAAAUAUAAUAAUACUCUCUUUUUAGUCGCUUGUAACCUGCCCCAAGAGAAGGGAGAGCUUUGCCUAUCACAAUAUGCCCUCAGGUGGUUCUUCGACUCGGCCGAAGCCCGCUGCUCCCAAUUCUGGUUCGGCGGUUGCGGUGGCAACGAGAACAACUUUGCGACCAAAGAAGAGUGCGAGACCGUUUGCGUCGAACCUCCAGAGCUCGGCCGUUGUUACCUGCCAAAGGUGGAAGGCCCCAACAAGUGUAACGACCUGAAGCCACGCUACUGGUACGACUACACCACCAAGCGGUGCGACGCCUUCUGGUGGAGAGGUUGUUUGGGCAACGCCAACAACUUUGACUCAUGGGAGAGUUGCCAACGUUUCUGCUCCAAUGUAGGACCAACUACUACCGUAGAGCCGGUUACUGUAGACCCGAUUUCUCAUCAACGUGAGUAUGAACGAAGACGACAGGAGGAAGAUCACAGACAGAGGGCUCAGGAGAUUCAACAGUCACAGUCGCAAUCAGGUAAGGAUGAUAAGCGCGGUAAUACUUGGUGAUGCUAUAUGGUGUGGAAUUGUAGUAAGGUUAAUAUGAUUAUAUGUUACAUGUUGAAUUUGUUUAUGGUGAUUUAGAAAGGUGUUAAAAGAGUGGUAUUUUAAUAGUUGUAUAUUAGCCUGUAUUAUGUUGUUGUAACACUUUUGUUUGUUCUGCACUAACACUGUGUUCAUGUGUAUAUUAACAGAAGAAGAUGCACGUCGUCGCGCUGAGUGGGAACAGAGGAACCGCGAGUAUCUGGAAAGUAUCAGAAGUCAGAAGAAACAACAGGGAAUACCACAAGUACCAAAUGUACCACAAGCAUCAAGUGCACCACAAGCACCAACUGCACCACAAGCACCAAGUGUACCACAACAGACAUCAAGAAGUGAUCCAGUAUGCUCUCAGUUAGUUAACAGUGGAGACUGUAACAACUACGAGGACAUGUGGUACUUCAACGUGUUCAACCAGGAAUGUCAUCAGUUUAUAUACGGUGGAUGUCAUGGUAAUGACAACAGAUUCAAGACAAAGAAUGAAUGUCUACAGAGGUGUGGAUACUUGAGACAAAAUACGACUGUAGCAAGGCCUGCUACCGGCGGUAACAGUGAGUAAUGGUGUAUAUAACAUAGUAAAGUUGACGUAAAAUGUUUAUAGUGUUAAGUUUGAUAACAAACGUGUAAUAAUUUGUUUUAAGCUACUGUAACUCCUCACUGUAAUAUUUUAUAUUGUAAUAUGGACUAUUAUAGUAGAUUCUAAACUUUUGUUGUGAUUUGACGUUUUUGUUCGUAGUAUUUUGUAUCUUAUAUUGUGAUUAUUAUCAACUAAUCUUAUGGUAACUGCAAGUUCUUGAGAUUUCUCAACUACGAGUUAUAUGACAAUACAUUAUAUUUGAAAUGACGUUUCUUUUUAGACAGAGACGCCUGCAACCUUCCCAAAGACAUUGGAACCUGUAGCGGAAAGUUUGACACUUACUUCUACAACCCAUCCAGCGAUGCUUGCGAGAUCUUCCAGUACUCUGGCUGUGGUGGCAACCGCAACAGAUUCACAUCCAAGGAACAAUGUCAAUAUACUUGUCAACGAUCGGCUUCAGCUGGCUCUAACGGUCAAGCUGGUGGUGUACCUCAAGGUAGGUAUUGGGUAGUUGGAAACAAAGUAUCUUAAUGUUAUAUGUAUGCUGUAGAAUGGUUAAAAAAUAUAUGCAAUAAGGCUUAAAGACUACUGUAACAAAAACUAUGAAUGUAAAUUGGAAAAAAGUUUACUUUACUAUAAGCAGCUCACUUUAAAAUGACUACAGUAGAUAUAUGCUGUAAUACUUCAAUCUUAAUCAACUUAUCUUCAGAAGUGUCAUCGCUGAGCGCUUCCGAACGCUGUGAAGCCCCACCAGACAAGGGACCAUGUACCAAAUUCACCACUAUGUGGUUCUUCAAGAAGACUGAUGGUACCUGCACCAGGUUCUACUACGGUGGAUGCAAGGGUAACGGCAACUUGUUUAAGACAGAACAAGAGUGCAAGGACAUUUGUGGAAGUUACCUCAGUAAGUCGACCUUCUACUGAUGGUUUGAGGCUAAUUUAGUCUUUAGUCAAUACAUUUUGCUUUUUCGUUUAGUUAAAUCAACUUUUAGGUAUUGUUAUAGUAGCUGAGAUAGUGUAAAGUGGUUUAACUAGUGUAAAGUAAAGUAAUUUAUGUAAUAAUUAGACAUUAUAUAUCUAAUAUAUUAUCACGAAUCUUGUUUUAGACGUGUGCGAGCUGCCGGCCGUGAAAGGACCGUGCGGAGGCCAUCAUCAGAAGUUCUACUACGACAAGGAGGCCAAGGAAUGUCGCCAGUUCGAGUUCUCCGGCUGCCUCGGCAACGGCAACAACUUCGCGAUUCAGGAACAGUGCGAGGAACGAUGUUCACGUCAGUAAUAUUCUCUCUUAAUUAUUGUAACAGUAGGGAUCUCCGUAGCCCGACCCGAUUCUCUUUCUACUGCCAAUUAAUAUUGUUGUUGAUCUAAAUAAAUUCAGUUGACUUACCUAGGUUCAUGGUAUCUUCCUGUGCUUGUGUUGUUUGUCUUUGCUGUUCCUGUGGUAUUUCAUCUAGGAAAUUGUGUUGUUUUGUGUGUUAGGUAGUAUAUAUGUCUUGUGUUAUGUCCUACGUAAGGUUUUGUAUCUGGUGGUAGUAUAAGAUGUCAUUAUAUGUUGUGUCGUAUGUCCUGUAGGCUAAAGUCAAAAAGUAGACUUUUUAUGUCAGCAUGUUAUGUCUACCGUCUUAGAAAAUCGUAAUAAUGUGUUUUACUGUCCCAUGUUUAGUAUCUUGUCCAUAACUUGUCUUACUGUCCUUACAUAUUAAGUUUACAUGUUGAUUUGUGUAUAUGUAGUACAUGUUGUGUGUUUCAGAUGCGCCACAAGAGAUGACACAGUACGAAGAGAUGAUACGGCCAACUACGCUUCAGAUCUGCAGCAUGCCGUACUCUACUGGACCGUGCAGGUAUGUUUUGUGUUAUAUGUCAUGUUGUAUAUGUUGAGGUUGUUGAGUAUUCGUUGGUGUUUCAUAAAUUAAAAACGCUGACGAAUGACACGGCUAGUAUAACAUUAUAAUACUCUAUACAGAGCCAUGAUACCACAGUAUUACUAUGAUAUCCGCUCCCAAACGUGCCGUGAGUUUUCGUACGGUGGAUGUGCUGGUAAUGCCAAUCGCUUCGAUACGAAAGAACAAUGUCAGCAGACCUGUGGGAUGGUAGAUGCUGCUCAUGUCGACAGAUACUAUCACUUGUACGAUGGUACUGAACUGGCAACUCACAAGCAUCACAAGAAACAUCUGAAUCAUCAUCUGAUACGACGAGAUGAACGAUCACAUUCAACUGAGGAUGCUACGGUACAUUCCGAGGAGGGUACUGUAACUUCUGAUGAACAUUCUAUGAAUUCUAACCAUGAUAGUGGAAGAUAUGAAGAUUCAGAGCAACAAGAAGUUAUUGUGCCAUCAAAUGUUCUGUCUCAGGUCACUGCAAGUACUGAUGAGUACGAAACAGUGCCUGAGGUAGUUACAGUACACCCACAAAAAAUUACUGACAUUCCUGGUAAGUUUGUGUUGAAAAGUAUUGUUUUAUAACAUAUACAAAGCUUUACACUGCAAUAAUGUGAUGUAUUAUGGUAAUGACAUUAUAAAAUGGCCGUUUUGGCAUAAAAUGUGGUUCAGCAUAUUAAUAUAGAUCAUAAACCACUAAAAUUAAAUUUCAGAGUUAUGCUUGGCCCCACAAGACCCAGGCCCAUGUCACGGCUCCAUCUUGAGGUGGUACUUCAACCCAGAGCAAGGCAAAUGCAAAUCUUUCUUAUUCACCGGCUGCCAGGGCAACGCCAACAACUUCCAGUCGCUCGAAGGUUGCCAACGUGCUUGUGGUGAGUAUCGACAACAACGAGUGUGCUCAGAGCCCAAAGAGAGUGGCGAUUGUCAUGUCAGAGCUCCGAAAUGGUUUUACGACAACAACAAAGGCGACUGUGCCUUGUUCUGGUGGUCAGGUUGCGGUGGGAAUGGCAACAGAUUCAGUAGCAAGGCCGAAUGUGACAGUUUGUGUAAGGCCGAGCUGCCUGCUGAUCAGAAUGGUGGGUUUCGCUUGUGUACUAUCUUGAUAUAUGUUAUUAUAUAUGUAAAAAGUAAAAUUAACUUUUACAUUAUAUACUAUUCCAUUAAGAAAUGGCAUUAAAGACUUUAAAAAUAUGAAUUUGUAGAUGACAUUUGCCUACUGCAACAAGACAGUGGACCUUGCCAAGACCCUAUUACUCAAUAUUACUAUGAUUCCAACGAUGGUAACUGUAAAAAGUUUACAUUCGGUGGUUGUCGCGGCAAUGCCAAUCGUUUUAAUACGAAGGAGGAGUGCAGUAGAAGGUGCAGAGCUCCAGUCGGACACAUUGUCAAGAUGUUGGAACCUAAAGGUACUUUCUAUACACUUUCUGAACAUUUUUUAAAAUUUUGAACUAAUUUUGAAGUACUUUAAAAUUAAAAAAAAAUCAAUUGUUAAUAUCAAGUACACUAUCUUCUUCAGACAUCUGUUCAAUGAACUUUGACGCCGGACCUUGUAGCGGAGUGGAGAAGAAGUGGUUCUUUGAUAUGAGUAUCGGUACUUGUAGGUCCUUUACUUAUGGCGGUUGUGCUGGAAAUGACAAUCGAUUCGAUUCUGAGUUGGAUUGCUACAAUCAAUGGUACGUUCAGAAUAUAAAUUUCAUCUUUAAGCAUAGUGAAACCUUAUCUUAUGCCAUAAUAUUAAACUUGCCAUCGCUUAUCGUGAGCUUAAUAUUGUAACAAAUUCAUUUUUACAGUAAGAGUUUUGUGGACAUGAAGAAAGAGAGACGAGUCAAGGCUGAGAUUGAGAUUGCACAUAGUGGUAUAUUCAAGCCAGGAGAUGACAUUACAAUGAAAUGUCUUUACGGAGAAAUCGACAGCGACGCCAUUUGGUUUAAAAAUGACAUCAAAUUGGACUUACAACCACCCAAAUAUCAGGUAUUUUCAUUCUUAUAUUGGUCUGAAAGUAAAUAAACAGUUUAUUGAGACUAGCCUCCAAUCUACGGUUGAGGCUGUACCUUAACCUUGAAGUUCAGUUUGUUUUAUCGUAUUUGAGGAUUAGAUGGUCUUUUUUUCAUAUAACGAAUUAAAAUUGCUUUUCAGGGCAAUGGAAACAUCCUUAAGAUCACAGACGCUCAGCUGUCGGACAGUGGCUCAUAUUCUUGUAACGCUGGUAUCAUGACGUUACUAUCACAACCCAAGAAAGUGGUUGUUAAGGGUAGGUUUGAUUUAUAACUAAACUCCCAAUUACUGUUAAACUACUUUUUUAAUGGCUCUAUAUUUGCCUAUCUUAACUUAUGAUCGACAGGAUAUAUUAGUUUUGUCAUUAAAAGGACCAAAAGAUAAACAAACUAUCCCGGUCAUGGUUAUCGUAUACAAAAAAUUAACAUAGUCUAACACAAACUGCUUUAGAGCCUUCAUACGAAGUCUGUGUCGACAGAGGAAGCCAUCAUGUAUGUAAUAUGGUACUGCGAACCAAUUUGUGUCACAAUCAGAGAUACUACAACUUCUGUUGCCAAACUUGUAAUACAGUAACCAGAAGAAGAUAA